UGGCCGUUCAGCUGUAAGGACGUUUAAAUUUGUCCGUUGAAAGUUAAAAAUUGUUUGCAAGUAAAUAUCUCUACUGAAAGUUCGCGUAUUCAAGGUUUUGUUAGUUAAGUGCUUUAUAAAUUUGUCAUCAGUGAAUAAAGAUUGAUUAAGAAGCCACUCAUCAUGGAAAAUUUCGUAAAGAUUGAAAAAAUUGGAGAAGGAACCUACGGCGUUGUAUACAAAGGUAAACAUAAAAAGACAGGUGAAAUAGUUGCAAUGAAAAAAAUUCGUUUAGAAAGUGACGACGAGGGUAUUCCAUCAACAGCAAUAAGGGAAAUUUCUCUCUUAAAAGAACUUAAACAUCCAAACAUUGUCAGCUUAUUAGAUGUAUUGAUGGAGGAGUCAAAACUUUAUUUGAUUUUUGAAUAUUUAACCAUGGACUUGAAAAAAUAUAUGGAUACUUUAGGCAGUGGCAAGCUAAUGAAUCCUUCAGUAGUCAAAUGUUACUUAUAUCAAAUCACGAAAGCCAUUCUUUUUUGUCAUCAACGCAGAGUGUUACAUCGAGACUUGAAACCACAAAAUUUACUUGUCGACAAGUCGGGUGUAAUAAAAAUCGCUGAUUUUGGUUUAGGAAGAGCUUUUGGAAUACCCGUGAGAGUUUAUACUCAUGAAGUGGUCACUCUUUGGUAUCGAGCACCAGAAAUUCUUUUGGGCGCUACAAGAUAUUCUUGUGCCAUUGAUGUGUGGAGUAUUGGUUGUAUUUUUGCGGAAAUGGCAACAAAGAAACCUCUGUUUCAGGGAGACAGCGAAAUCGAUCAACUAUUCAGAAUAUUUCGUGUAUUGAAAACGCCAACUGAGGAAAUUUGGCCAGGUGUAUCCCAAUAUUCAGAUUACAAAGCAACAUUCCCAAAUUGGAAGACAAAUAAUUUGGAAGAACACGUUAAAGUUUUGGACGUCGAUGGACUUGAUUUGUUACAAGAGAUGUUGACCUACGAUCCAGCUCACAGAAUAUCGGCACGAGCUGCACUUCAGCAUUCCUUUUUUGAGGACAUCGAGUGUGAUUUCAAAGAAGCCAAAAUACCGUUUGUUUAAGUUAGUUUUUUAAAAUUACACUUAUAAAAAUGUAUUUAUAUUUUUCUUCGCAAAUUUUUUUAAAAGAUUUUACAGAUAAUUUUAUCGAAUAGACUUUGUUAAAAACAUAAAAGCAAUACGCGAAAUAAUUACUAAAAUUUUAAUUGAUUUUAUGUGAUGAAUGGAAAUCUGAGGUAUUUAAAUUAACCAUUUGAGUAGUAUGUGGUAGGUGACAAAAAAAAGUUUCAGAAAAUCAUUUUUUUUUCAUUUUCAUACAAAUAAAAGAAAGUAACUUAAAUUUAUGAUAAUAAUAUAAAAAUAACGAAUAAUUGUUUAGUCACUUGAGUUUCAAAAGACUUGUUUUAAAUACGAAUAUUGUGCUGGCACUGCUCAAGAAAAAAACAUGUUUUUUUUAAUAACUAACUUAAUUAAAAUUGAUUUUCGCCUUAGGUGAAAUGCACAAUGAAUAAAAUUGAGAGUGCUAGUUUUAAAAAAUGCUGCAUAUGAUGAAACUUAAAAUUUUACCAAGUAUUAUAGUCUUCGUUUAAGUAACGGGACGAUUAAAAAAAAAUAAUAAUUAUGAUUUGUAAAUACUGUUUAAGAAAAAGGUACAUUUUUAUAGGUUAAUUCUUAACAUAUGUACUUUUAUACUUAAAUAUAUAAGGUUCACUCUAUAUAUAUAUAUAUAUAUAUGUAUAUAUAAAGCGUUUGCAAAUUUUUUGAUUUUCUCUUUUUCAACAUUUUUGUUGUUUUGCGAAAGCUUUUUUAAAUUUCUCUUUUUUGGUUAAUUUUUUUUUUUAAUAUUGUCAACAAAAGAUUUGAAAUUUUUGACUUUUUUUAUUAAUAAUGAUCAUGAUUGCACUUGAAGGUUUUAUUAUUGGACAAACGAUAUAGAAGAAUUGAAGCAAAUUAUAUUCGCAGAAUCUAAUGAUGUUAACUGAAGUCGAUGCGUCAUCAAAAUCAUUAAACAUAUAUGACACAUUUAUCAUCAAAAUACAUUUUUUAAAAUUUA